CGCCUCCGACCUCGCUCACACCCGUUUGAGAAUUUAUUCGCUCUCUUCCUGACCUCGUCUGUUCCGUUCGUCGCCGUGUCAUGAAACAGUGCCUCGGGUCAGGCCGUCUUGUACAUCUAGGCCGCAGGUCAUUUUCAUUCGAACUCGCUGGUUCCACACGCCGCUCGUGGCUUUUUCGUAUACCCAGUUUCAAUACCCAGAGAAAUCAGGAUGGGUCACGGUUAUGGAGUCGGCAGUUUUCCGCCGGCGCCGUGCGCCCCGGACAGCCAAAGUUGGCGCAAUCAAGACUGGCUACUUGGACACACCAGCUCGAAGAGUUUUUGCCUCCGCCGUUAAAAGAUGGCCCGAUGUCUACAGGACAGGUCGAUCCCCGAAAUGCAUCGCAAGCAAUCGACGUCAUGUCGGAGCGAAGUCUCAAAUUAUGCACUGUGCUCUCCAAAGCGAGAGCUUCUGAUAACGUUAACCCCAUCGUCGAUCUUGGUCUCAAACACAACAGGUGGGACGCCGCACACUCUCUUCUGAGCAUGUUGAUCGACUCUGCCGAGGCUCUUGGACACACUUCGACACCUGCUCGCCCUCUGUCAAACCUAGAUUGGGGUUUAAGCACUGGAAAAAGCUUGGAUGCCUUGACUUCUAGCAACACGCCGAUGACUACUCUUCCACUAGCCCCGGAUGCACGAAGUACGGCUUUUAGGCACAGUCUGAAUACCUCGACGGCGCGCUCGCGUACAGACAACCUCUCACAACGUUGCAUGGCUGAGGUUUGGCGGGGUCUCGGAUUGAUCAUCUUGGAAGCCGCAGAUUCUCCCUCGAAUACCUCAGACCUUGCAAUGUCUCACGUCUUCCAUUUGUUGGCACGCCUGCAUCAUUCGGGUUCGAUUUCAGAAAAAGUAUACAAAUAUACUCGGCCAGAUGACGGUGUGACCCUGUAUCGACCCCCGAGCAUGCACUUUUUGUCAACGCAUAUCAUGAAUGUUCUGACCGAUGCGGCGUGGCGCGUUCACGAGGCUGACAUGGUAGCUGAAGCUGCUGCUGCGGGAAAGGAAUCCCCGUAUCUUCCUUUGAAUCACUGGAACAUAGGCAUUCGAAAACUGGGCCCUGAGAUAUGGUUUGAACUUGUGCUCUGGUGCUGUGUGGAGCAUGGACAUGUCAUGGAAGGGAUAUGGCUCCUUGAACAAAUGAAAGCGCGAACUGGUCAUCUAGCCUGGGGCGUAAAGAGCUGGAUACCUUUUCUCGGGAACCUCAAGGCUGUAAAAGAAACUAACGUUGAUAUCCAAGAAUUCUGGAGCGAUUCAAACGACGAUCAUUCUUUGACAAGAUCCAGAAAGGAGAGUACCGCCUUCCAUGGACUCGCGAAAAGAACAAUCAGCCAGGAAGUUGUCGAAUCGUUAAUGGACGGCUUAGUGAAUCAAGUUUAUCUCGGCGUGGGCCCGAGUGGAUUAUCACCAAGUGCCCUGUUGCAAAACAUCGAUCGCUUGCGAUUUAUCAUCAAUCAGGAGUCCUGUACGGAUCUUGGCUCAACCACGAGAACAAGUAACAGGCUCACUAUUCGAAUAUUGGAAUCAGAGUGCAUUGAUCCUGCUGUCGACCCAUCCUCUUUGGAAAAGUUGUUGAAAUCCCACAACAAUGUUCGACCCCCCUGGGACGAUCAAGUAUCCACCCUUAAAGAGGAGUUAUCUAAUAUCACCCAAACGCAACUAUAUGACGAGACUUUUGCGUUCCCGGGCCUUAUCGAAUACAAUAUUCGAUGCUAUGUUUUCUUAUGCCAGAUCGGAGGCGCAUUUGACUCGUUUACCUGGGUACAGCAGAUCGCUGAUUCGAACAAGUCCCAACGCAUCCUUCAGUUCUUCGAGAAAUUCGAACAGCUUGAUGCCAAAGACUUAACGUCUCUUGACUUGGGGCCUCCCGAAACAGGUCAUAUUUACGGGUCACCUAUUCCAGGCCUUUCAAACGUGACUCUCGCCAUGUUGCUCGACCUUGCCACGGCAUCCCGGGCGUAUGAAUUCGGGAACUGGUUGCUCUUUUCUGACGAUGUGGACGGACCUCCAAUCUCUCCCAUUCAAUAUGGUGACCAGGCGAUUGCGCCGUCUAUCCUUCGAUUCGCGUCCGCUACCAAAAACACUACUCUUUGCAAUCAGGUCACCCAAUCACUUUCUCCACCACUCUCCUCGAAUACUCUCAAAGCCAUUCUGAAUGCCAGGAUCUCCACGGGGAACUUGCAGCUGGCGACAGACAUGUUGAAAUAUCUCCGAGACUAUAAGCUGCGAUCCUGGGGCCAUAGCAAUGUCACCACAUUGGCCGCCGCUCUACUUCGCAUGAACCACAACGGUGCUGAGAAUCAAAUUGAUGCCGGGAAAAAUGAACAGGGAGAAGAAUCAUUAGCCCAAGCAAAGGAUCUCUUCUUGGGGCUCUUCAAUGGGAAGUUUGAUUCUCCAACAAAUCUGCCAAUAAGAGACUUUCACCGCAAAGCAUUAUACAGCUUACAUCAAGUCCUGAAGUCCAUCCCGGGUAUUCUACAGGACCUUGCUCCCCAAGUGACCUUGCAAUACAAUCCGGAGUUCGCGCGACGGACCCUCGUCCACAUUCCCGCGGAAGCCUUCAACACCCUCCUUGCAGCGGUUGUUGACGUGUCUGGAAGUGCAGCCGGGAGACAGCUUUGGAAACGGUGGUGCGUCGAACCGGCGUCCCUCUCUGCGAGCCGAUUGCGGGAGGGCGGUAUCACGAAUCUCUACCGCGCCCACGAACGCAACUUUCGAAGAGGCGAUCCGCACUUCGACCCCGUUCGAUUCGCACAGCAACGCGGCAAAAUCGCCAUUCCAGAUCUCAACACCGUCCGCAUCAUCACCCAGGCGGCUAUUCGAGAGUCGGAGGAGUCUCAGGCCCACGCGGGCAGCGAACCUUCUUCCACCUCUACCACCACAGACCCGGACGUUGUUCUCGGUUUCUGUCUCGGCAAAUUCCGGCGUUUCCAGUUAUCCGAUGACCAGAUCGAGAGAGAGAUGGGCGGCCACUUCGAGCGCAUUAGGAAUUACCAUCGGAUACACCUCGGAAAGAAACACUAGCUGGUUUUUUCCCUUUCUAUACAACAUCCUUGGUCAUCUUAGGGUCCGGCAUUCAAAUAGAAAGACAGGGAUGGCACAAGUCGAUUUUUUGCAUACUGGCGUUAUGAAACCUCCGUUGCCCUUCUUGCGGCUUUAUAUACACCAUACAAGCUUACACCCCGUGCGAACAUAUCUGUAUCUAUAUUCUUUUUUUUUACUCUAGUUAGUGUAUACUACCU